AUGAGUGCUACGCAUUCAACGGCGGGGAGCGGUGUAAGCAGCCUCCAGCGCUCCGGCCUCAGCAUCACCGUCGGGGACACAAAGUCUAUUGUGCUAGCGUUGCAGGCGCUCCAGAGCAAGAUUCGCUCUCUCGAGCAAGACCGCGACUUUCAUCAAGAUCAGUAUGAGGUGGCUCUGCAGGCCCACGAGCGUUACAAGCUGGACAUGGAGCGCCAGAUGGAGCAGGAGCGUGCGGCCCACCGUAAGAGGGAGGCGGAUCUGCUAGAGCUACUGCGCAAGGCGCGGGAGGAGCGGGCGCAGCUAGAGGACGCCCUCAGCGGCAAGAAGGAAGACCUCGGCGGCUUCCGGCGUGAGCUGGAGCAAAUGAUCGCCUCUGAAAAAGAGCUGGCGAGCCAGCGCGAGUCAAAGAUAAGCAUGGAUGUGGCGAGGCUGCGUGCUGAAAUCAAGGAGGAGCAGACGCACCGAGCUGCUCUGUUGGUCACUGUGGAAAAGCUGAAGGAGGAGCGGGAGGCAGCCUUGAAAACGAACGAGCAGCUUCGGAUAGCGAUGGACGGUCUACUGUCUCGCUACGAGCAGCUGCAACGGCGCCGUCCGGCGCCUCAAGCAGCACCGCGCCGGUAUCCGACCAGUGGUGUCAGCUGUGAGACACACUCGCGGGCAGCGCCGGCCACCGGUGUGCACCCACGGCGGAGCGUUAGCAGCCGCACCCGCUCUCCCGGAUAUGCACCGCCGCGCGAGUUGCAGAGGCCUGGAUUGCCUGCACGUCAGCGCAAGGUGUCUCCCUCACUGCGUCACAACUACGAAGACCCAACAUGUAACUCGAUUCUCCGUGAUGUGCGCAUCGUUCCGGAGGAGGCCCCGCCGUGCGCCUACCCGUCAGCGAACUCAUCCAUGCAUCACUCGCAGCAGGAAGCGGCGGAGACGACCGGGAAGGCGACCACGGCUUGCAGCGGGCAAGGGCUGCGGACACAGGCGACAACGGCGCCGUCUCGAUCUGGAAGGCCAUCGCCUGCUCGCCGGCCCCCGGAGACUGGCGUGGCUGGCCCCUCAGCGCACCGCACGACGGCGAUAGAUGAGGUGGAGGCGCAACUCCGACAGGAGCUGGAGGAUCUGCAGCACCGUUACGAUGAUACGAUCGAGCGCGGCUCGUCCGAAGAGGUGCCGCGUGAGGUGCUCGCAGCCGCACUGCACCGUAUUUCUGCCCUUUUAGAGCAAAAGAAAGAGCAGCUAAAGUUGCUCAAGGAGGCGAGGAUGGAGCUGGAGGAGGCUGUGCCGCUCAGUGCGUCUAGAAGCACAAACACUAAUUGGAGUAUGAACGGUGGCGGUGGCGGCUCACCGUCGACGUUGGCGAUGCAGGACAAGCACGCACAUCGCGCUCUUCUCGUGAAUGAGCUUCGCUCUCUCUUAGCCGAGGCCGCGAGAGGCAGCUGA